AUGGCUGCCUCGCAUCACCGAGUUGACAGAGAACCUCAGCACCAUCUUCUCACGGUUCAUGGCACGUCUUGGGUGCGCAGGAGAAGUGAUCCUUGACAAAGCAGAAGAUGUGGAUGAUUUCAGUAAAUACGGAAUCGUAAUUAAGGUGCGGUUUCGCGAUAACGACCGUCUUCGAGAACUGACGGCUCAUCACCAAUCUGGUGGCGAACGUGCUGUUUCUACAGCACUCUAUCUCCUUGCACUACAAAGCUUAACAACUGUUCCUUUUCGUUGUGUUGACGAGAUUAACCAGGGUAUGGACCCCAUUAAUGAGCGACAGAUGUUGAAUAUGCUGAUGGAAACGGUAGCAGCAGAAGGGUCCAGUCAGUACUUCUUUGUUUCACCAAAGCUGAUUCCUGACAUGGAAUGUAAUGACUACGUUGAUAUGAUGGUGGUUAACAACAGUCCAUCGAUGCUGCCACACCGGAAAAUCACCCUGAAGAGGAUCCUGAGAAAGAAAUACGAGCUUAAUAAAAGGGCAGCUAAAAGAUGA